AUCACUAACAGAUGCUAGUAAUCAGGGCGCGCUUACAGAGAUUUUUUGUUUAGCGCUGGAGAAUCAAAUGCUUCCUUAGUUUUUAUUUUCUUUCUGGUAGACUGCAGGUUCUUUCUGUGGUCUUGUAUAAAGCUUCUUGAUGUCGUAUAGAACUGCACAUCUAACCGUAUCUGACUACAGAAUUUGCUUGACUCAGCUAGUUGACUUGAAGUCCUUAAAGUCUUUCCAUUAAGCUUCCCAAUUCCUCAUCUUCAUCCUUGUUGCUGCUGCGGGUUUGUACCAAUUGAUCAAUUUUCCGAUGGCUUCUGCACUUGUUGAUGCCGCAACCCUCUUAGUGCUUCUUCUUUUGCUAAACAGGGCAGCCAUUAAAGCUUGCGGUAAAGUAGCUUUAGGCUCAUCUCUCAGUGCUAUUGAUGACAGUAGUAAGUCUUCCUGGAGCUCUCCCUCCGGAGAGUUUAAGUUCGGGUUUCGCCGGCUUGACAAGACCGAUCUCUUCUUGCUUUCCAUCUGGUUCGACAAAAUACCAGACAAGACCAUGGCUUGGUAUGCAAACGGAAACAACCCAGCCCCGAGAGGUUCAACCGUUCAGCUUACAAGUGAUGGAGGCUUGGAGCUAAAUGAUCCUCAGGGCCAAGAAAUAUGGAAGUCUGAACCCAUCGGCGGUGCCGUGGCUUAUGGUGAGAUGCUGRACACCGGGAACUUCGUGCUUGUCGCCACUGCUAAUAAGUCUAAUAACAUAUGGGAGAGUUUCAAGCAUCCCAGUGACACCCUCUUGCCGACACAGGUACUGGAAGUGGAUGGCGUCGUUUCUUCUCGACUGACGAAGACCAACUACUCAACGGGACGGUUCCAACUCCGACACAAAGAUGGAAAUCUCGUUCUUAACACCGUUGGGAUUCCGGCUACAUUUGCCUAUGAUACUUACUACGAAAGUGGAAACUCUGUCAAUGCCAAUGACAACGAUUCUCUCUCUCAAACGAUCUUCACUGAAACGGGGUUCAUUUAUAUUCUUAUCAGAAACGGGAGCAGGGUUGGUCUAAACACCCAGGAUUUCUUCCCGCGCAAGGAUCAUUACUACAGAGCAACCCUCGAUUUUGAUGGGGUUUUCGCGCAAUACAUUCACCCCAAGAACUCCAGCGGCAAUCAGGCCUGGUCCAUGGUGUGGCACAUUCCUGAUGAUAUUUGUAUGGCCAGUAAAGCUACUUUGGGCAGCGGCACCUGUGGGUUUAAUAGCAUCUGCAACCUAACUGCAGACAAGAGGCCUACUUGUUACUGUCCACCUAAGUAUUCCAUGGAGGAUCCAAAUAACAUGUUCAGCAGUUGUGUCCCAGAUCAUACGCAGGUUUGCAACAGAGAGGAACCAGGAAGCUCCAAAGAUGUUUAUGGGUUUGAGGUAUUGCUUAAUACAGAUUGGCCCUUUUCUGACUAUGAACAGUUUUAUCCUUUUACUGAAGAUCAAUGCCGAAAUGCUUGCUUGCGAGAUUGUCAGUGUGCAGUUGCCGUUAUCCGUGAUCAGAACUGCUGGAAGAAGAGAUUACCACUUUCAAAUGGAAAGGUUAACAGCCAGGUCAAUAUCAAUGGAAAGACCUUUAUGAAAGUGAGAGUAGACAGUCGUCCUACAGAGAAAGAGCGCCACGAAAAGGUUUUGAUAGUCAUCGUCUCACUGCUUUUAGGUAGCUCCGUCUUUGUUAACCUCCUUUUGCUAGGUGGGAUUUUUCUGUAUAUUUAUAUAGCUUGCCGUAACAAGCUGAAAAAGGCUGAAGAGGUUAAACUUAAAUCAGAGAGGAGCGUUGUAGGAGGAAGGCUGUGCUCUUUUACUUACAGAGACCUCGAGGAAGCUACAAACGAAUUCAAGGAAGAGUUGGGCAGGGGAGCUUUUGCAGUUGUUUACAAAGGGGUCCUCGAAUUAGGUGGUAAAAAACUAGUUGCAGUAAAGAAGCUAGACAGAGUGGUUCAGGAGCGCGAGAAGGAGUUCAAAACUGAACUGGGCGUCAUCGGCCAGACCCACCACAAGAAUCUAGUCCAGUUGCUCGGAUUCUGCGAUGAAGGGCAGCAUCGGCUUCUUGUGUAUGAGUUCAUGAGCAAUGGCACAUUGGCGAACUUCCUGUUCGAAGCUCCAACCAGACCUGCGUGGAACCAGCGAACCCAGAUUGCCUUUGGCAUUGCGAGAGGGCUCCUGUAUUUGCAUGAGGAGUGCAGCACCCACAUCAUUCACUGCGAUGUGAAGCCUCAGAACAUACUUCUGGACGAUUGCUUUACUGCGAAGAUUUCAGAUUUUGGAUUGGCAAAGCUUUUGAUGACCGAUCAGAGUCGAACUCAUACAGUCAUUCGGGGAACCAAAGGAUACGUCGCACCAGAGUGGUUCAGAACCGCGCCAGUCACCUCCAAGGUGGAUGUCUACAGUUUUGGGGUGGUGUUGCUGGAAAUCAUCUGUUGCAGGAAGAACAUUCCAGUGGGAAUAAACGAGAGCAACGGUGGAGAAAUUCUGACAGACUUGGCUUACGAUUGCUUUUGUCAAGGAAGGUUGGAUGAUCUGCUGGAGAAUGACAUCGAGGCAAUGAAUGACAUGAGUACGCUGGACAGAUUCCUAAGGGUGGCAAUCUGGUGCAUACAAGAAGAACCAUCACUGAGGCCGACGAUGAGGAAGGUCACACAGAUGCUAGAAGGAGUUACUGAAGUUCCAGUGCCUCCAUCGCCAUCUCCCUUUGGCUCAGUUCUUCGAAGUUGAAGUCGUGCUCUGUUUCUGUGUCCAAUUGGCUAAGAAAUUGCCUUUUCUGUUCCAGAAUCUGGGUUUAAUUUAUUUCUUUAGCGGUAUGUUUUAAUUUGUUGUAACAAAUUGUUCUUGUUAUUCCUUAAGUCUUAUUUUCCUUUCAACCCAACAACUCAAGAGAUUGACGGGUAUCUUUAUCUUUACUGUAUAUAUAUAUAGCAGAAAAGUUCUCUGCUCUCUCUCCAUGAAACCAAUUUCUGGGCUGUAA